ACUCUUCCUCCAACGUCGGCGGGGCAGUUCUCCAACCGACAACAUGGCGACUGUUAGCGCGGCGUCCCGUCUUCUCUCCAAGAGGGUGCUCUCUAACACGAAAGCGGUCCCUGCGGCUGCUGUUCAGGGCUACAGGAGCUUUCACUUCUCCAUCUACGGCAAGAAGAAAAACGCCAAAGUAGCAGAUGACAUCUCCACUCAGUACCCUGUGGUGGAUCACGAGUUUGACGCGGUGGUGGUGGGAGCAGGAGGGGCCGGGCUUCGGGCUGCGUUCGGCCUGUCGGAGGCCGGCUUCAACACCGCCUGCGUCACCAAGCUCUUCCCCACCAGGUCUCACACCGUCGCCGCUCAGGGUGGGAUCAACGCGGCUCUGGGCAACAUGGAGGAGGACGACUGGCGCUGGCAUUUCUACGACACGGUGAAGGGAUCAGAUUGGCUGGGAGACCAGGACGCCAUCCAUUACAUGACGGAGCAGGCUCCUGCAGCCGUAGUGGAGCUGGAAAACUUCGGCAUGCCGUUCAGCCGCACCGAAGAAGGGAAGAUCUACCAGCGGGCCUUCGGUGGUCAGAGUCUGAAGUACGGGAAGGGGGGCCAGGCCCACCGCUGCUGCUGCGUGGCGGACAGGACCGGACACUCCCUGCUGCAUACGCUUUAUGGAAGGUCGCUGCGUUACGACACCAGCUACUUCGUGGAGUACUUUGCCCUGGAUCUGCUGAUGGAGGACGGGGAGUGCAAAGGAGUCAUCGCGCUCUGCAUGGAGGACGGCUCCAUUCACCGCUUCCGGGCCCAGAACACCGUCAUCGCCACCGGGGGUUAUGGAAGAACGUAUUUCAGCUGCACGUCCGCCCACACCAGCACAGGAGACGGAAACGCCAUGGUGACCAGAGCGGGCCUGCCCUGCCAGGAUAUGGAGUUUGUGCAGUUCCAUCCCACAGGGAUCUAUGGAGCUGGUUGCCUGAUCACAGAGGGCUGCCGUGGUGAGGGAGGCAUCCUGAUCAACAGCGAGGGGGAGCGCUUCAUGGAGCGCUACGCCCCCAAUGCCAAAGACCUGGCUUCCAGAGACGUGGUGUCUCGCUCCAUGACAAUAGAGAUCCGGGAGGGCAGAGGUGUCGGCCCGGAGAAGGACCACGUUUACCUGCAGCUCCACCACCUGCCUCCUCAGCAGCUGGCCGCGAGGCUGCCUGGAAUCUCUGAGACGGCCAUGAUCUUCGCUGGAGUGGACGUCACUAAAGAGCCCAUCCCCGUCCUUCCCACAGUUCACUACAAUAUGGGAGGAAUACCCACUAACUACAAGGGACAGGUGAUCGAUCACACCAACGGUGAGGACAAGGUGGUUCCCGGGCUGUACGCGUGCGGCGAGGCAGCCUGCGCCAGCGUGCAUGGCGCCAACAGGCUGGGCGCCAACUCCCUGCUGGACCUGGUGGUGUUCGGGAGAGCUUGUGCCCUCACGAUAGCCGAGGAGCACAAACCCGGUGAGAAGCUGUCCCCCCUGAAGUCCAGCGCUGGAGAGGAGUCUGUGGCCAACCUGGACAAGCUGAGGUUUGCCAACGGAAGUCUGAGAACGUCUGAGAUCCGGCUUAACAUGCAGAAGGCCAUGCAGAACCAUGCUGCCGUCUUCCGUACCGGCUCUGUUCUGAAGGAGGGCUGCGACAAGUUGGACGACAUCUACCAGAGCAUGGAGAAGAUCAAGACCUUUGACAGAGGCAUUGUGUGGAACACAGAUUUGGUGGAGUCAUUGGAGCUGCAGAACCUCAUGCUGAACGCCGUCCAAACCAUUAACUCCGCUGAGCAAAGAAAGGAGAGCAGGGGAGCCCAUGCCAGAGAGGACUUCAAAGAUCGUGUUGACGAGUUCGACUACUCCAAGCCCCUGGAGGGUCAACAGGAGAAGCCCUUCGAACAGCACUGGAGGAAGCACACCAUGUCCUACGUCGACCCCCAAACCGGAAAGGUGACGCUGAGGUACCGUCGGGUUAUCGACAGCUCUCUGAACGAACAGGACUGCGCCCACGUUCCUCCCGCCAUCCGCUCUUACUAAGAAGAUCUCCUCCCACCCUCUCUCAUACAGAAGGAUCAUUAACUGCUAUUUAAGAAGAGACACCAUUUCGUCUCACAGAGAAAACGGUUUAUGUUGCACAUGUGUAAGCAUUUAGAGAUGAUGAUGAUUAUAAAAUCUACUAGCUUCAGCUCUUUGUGUCACAUUCCUUUUUCUGUGUGCUUAUUAGCCUUGGCUCAUAUCACCAAGGUUCCUGUGGCCUCACACGCACCGCCUGAGCUCUGAUCCUGUAGAUCGGGCAGAAGAAUGUUAAACGGCAACAGAAAAGUGAACAAAUUUCACCAGUCGCGCUCGGCUUUCUGCGAUGACUCCUGUGGUUUUAAACAAUCCUGCGGUUCUUAAACUCUUCCCCUUUCAGCCGACGGAGGAGACGGUUGGGAAUAAAUGUGAUUCUGAUGCUCAAAUGUCUCUGAAAGAGCGCGAAGGUUUUAAGUUGUAAAUAUUUCAGAAAUGUACAAUAGAUACGGUGAGUUUUACUGAAGCAUCUCCUCUCUCUCUCUCUCUCUCUCUCUUUGCUCCGCUUCUGUUCAGUACGCAGCUAAAUGUCCUGAUCGAGUUUCGUCUUUCUGCAGCACCGCAGCAUAAAUGUUAACCAAAAGUAGUCCGUUGAAUAUCUUCAACCACAUUGGCGUCUGAGCUGACAGAACAAUGACCCCUUUUAUGCUUCGCCGUCGAUGCUCCUGCAGACGAGCGCCUGUGUCUGAAGGCUGCUUCCAUUCAGCAGACAGAACAAAGCUGUGUAUGUGUGAGAUUGCAUUCGACCUGAGCAGAUGUACUCCAGAUCUACAGAAAGUCUUGUUGAAGGUGGGAGAAGUGCUCAGUGUGCAAAAAAAAAAAAAA